AUGAGAUCACGCCGCGGCUCGCGGCGCGAUGCGAAUAAAGGCGGAGUGGUGCCGAUCCGCGCGCUCGACGCAGCACAGCCGUUCGAUUACGAGCAUCGACAGAAGCGGCAGCUGGAAGAGAAGGGCAGGCUGAACAUCGGCAUUCUGGGGUUCGGCAAUUUCGGGCAGUUCUUGGCGCGGCGCUUCGCGCGCCACGGGCACCGCCUGACAGCGUGGUCGCGGUCCGACUACUCGCAGGUCGCGAAGCAGAUGGGCGUGCGCUUCUUCACUGGCAUGGACGAUUUCUGUGAGGAGCACCCUGAUGUUGUUCUCCUCUGCACGUCCAUCAUCAGUAGCGACGGUCUCCUGCGCUCGCUGCCACUGCAGCGCCUCAAGAGGAACACGCUCUUCGUGGACGUGCUCUCCGUCAAGGUCUUCCCCAAGAUGCUGCUGCUGCAGGUGCUCCCCCCCGAGUUUGACAUCCUCUGCACGCAUCCCAUGUUCGGCCCGGAGAGCGGCAAGGGCUCGUGGGAGGGGCUGUCGUUUGUGUUUGACCGCGUGCGCAUCACCCCGGGGGAGAGGGCGGAGAAGGCCGACCGAUUCCUGCAGAUCUUCCACGGGGAGGGGUGUCGCAUGGUGGAGAUGACGUGUGAGGAGCAUGACAAGUAUGCAGCAGGCACACAGUUUGUCACCCACACUGUCGGCAGGGUGUUGGGCAAGCUAGGCCUUGAGAGCACACCCAUCAACACCAAGGGAUACGAGACGCUUCUCAACCUGGUAGAGAACACGGCAGGGGACAGCUUCGACCUCUACUAUGGGCUCUUCAUGUACAACACCAACGCCACCGAGCAGCUGCAACGUGUGGAGAUGGCAUUUGACGCUGUGAAGAAGCAGCUGUUAGAUCAGCUGCAUGACGUGCUGCGACUGCAGCUCUUCGGCAUGCCCCCUUCCGCCACCGCCCUCCCUUCCUCCUCCCCUCCCUCCUCCUCCUCUCACUCCUCUCACUCUUCUCACUCCUCUCGCGCCUCCUCUCCCUCCUCCUCACUCACCUCCUCGGUGCCGCGAUCGCCCACGGCGGAGCAAGGCCUCCCCACGCUUCCCCGCCGGCCGUCAUUCCCUCCACCCUCUGCCGCUGUAACACGAGGCGCUGCUGACCGCGGUAACAGUGGUAACAGCAGCGGCAGCAGCAGUAGUGGGUCUGAGUCAGAGGGUGAGGAGUGGAGGCCAAAGGGGGCGGCACACAGGCAAGUGUUUGUUGAUCAGGAAGUGUCGGCAGCGGGCGGCACGGACGGUGCUUCUGCUGCGGUGUAUUCGUUUGGUGACAGCACGGACGGGGGCGGGACCAGUGCGGGUGAGGAGGAGAGCGGCGGCAAUGGCGAAGGAAAGGAGCGCCCCAACCUCUGGCUGCAUCACGGGCUGGAGCUGCUGCUGGAAGGCCCGCACGCAUGGGCGACCGCCUCCCCACACUUGCCUCUCAUUCCAUGCCUCUCAAUCCACGGCCGCCCAUCCCUCCCCUCCCCACGUCAGGAGCGACCCAACCCCUGGCUGCAGCACGGGCUGGAGCUGCUGCUGGAAGGCCCGCACGCAUGGGCGGUCCCCUCCCUCCCCGCCCUUGCCCCUCACACCGCGUCUACCCCACCCAUCCCCACCCCUCAGGAGCGCCCCAACCCCUGGCUGCACCACGGGCUGGAGCUGCUGCUGGAAGGAACCAAGGGAGGGCUCAAGCGCCUCAGCCUUCAAUUCGAGUGGCAGGUGCGUGCUGGGGCAGGUGCGAGCUUGGGCAGGUGCGAGCUGGGGCAGGUGCGAGCUUGGGCAGGUGCGAGCUUGGGCAGGUGCGAGCUGGGGCAGGUGCGGGCUGGGGCAGGUGCGAGCUGGGGAGGGUGGGUAUGGGAAGUGGAGGGUGGUAUAAGGGAGGGUGGGCAAGCAAGGUGCGGCGGGCUUGCGUGUCACAGCAUCCCCUGCUCUCCACACCAGGUGCCCUUCACAGACCGGCUGCUGGGGACGGUGGGGCGGCUGUGCCCCACUCUGGAGGAGUUCACGCUGGUAGCUGCUGACUACCUCGUCACUGAGACUGCUGUGGCGGCCUUCUUGCGAGCCUGCACCCAGGUGCACACCUUCCAUUGCUACGUGCGCUCCGCCAUCCCCAUCCACAGCCUGGGAGACAACCUGCUGUGGCAGGUGAACCGCAAGUGGCCGCACCUCCAAUCCUUGGCCAUCAACGGUAACCACAUCACAGAGAAUGGAGUCUUUGCCCUCGCCUCCUGCGCCCACCUGCACUCUCUUUCCCUGCAUGGCUACCACAGAGGAAUUUUCGAGCGAGCCAAAACAACAGCAGACGGCGAUGCGGUCCUCUUCUCGGCCCUCUCCUCCCUUUCCUUCUCCUACAACCUCCCCUCACCUGCUGAGCUCCGACGAAUCCUCCGCAUGUGUCCCUUGCUCUCCUCGCUUGUACUGCACCCCUCCCCUCCUCCCCCCGAGGCCACACCUGGUAGUCCCAGCAGCAGGCUUGUGAGCGGUAGUAGAGGCAUGCAUGAAGCUGUGACGCUAAGGGGGGUGGUUGAACAGGAGUGUAAGGGGGCUGUGAGCGUGUUUAUAGAGGAAGCGCCUGCUAAGAAGACUAGUUAUGACUUGACUGCUGUGGCGCAUGGCUUGGGGGGAUCAAGGAUUUGA